AUGUUAUGCUACUUUCGCUUUGCAGUGUCCAACGCACUCCAAGGCGUCGCGGCAUCGCUUCCGGGCGCGACCCGAGUCUUCUGCGGCCACGAGUACACCGUGAGUAACCUGCAGUUCGCCAAGUCGGUGGAGCCGGAGAACUCUGCGGUGUUGGACAAGCUGGAUUGGUCGAGGAGGGUCUUGGCGAAAGGGGGCUACACAGUGCCGUCAACGAUAUCUCAAGAGCUGAAGCACAACCCUUUCAUGCGCGUCGAUGAGACGGCCGUGCGAGAGGCCACGGGGAGCGGGGAUAGCGUAACCGCCAUGAAACGGUUGCGAGAGAUGAAGAACAGUUUCCGACCGCCACCUGAAAACCCGGGACGAUUCCCCGUCAUGGCCGCGACGGCCGACGGCGGAGUGUGCGAGAUCAAGAUGGAUGACAGCGGCCGCCUGACGCACAUCUGGUGGCAAACGAGAGAGCAGCCUUUCAUGGACGAGUUCAGAUGAGCCGAGAGGGGAGAGGGCGGCCGCUGCCAGCUCUCUUUUCAUUUUCCUCUUCUUCGUCGCGACAGCGGUCUCUCUCGAAGAGUUCCCAUCCGCCAGCUACAUCAAGUCUAAGGUUUCGCUCGAGAGAAGCGGGGUUCGAUUGCGAGGCUGAUCGGUUUUCCAACACGCAAGGGAGCCCGCGAGAGGAUCAUGAAGACCAGUGCAUCACAUGCGGCUGUGGCGAUUGCGCUAGCCAGCGGAGUCUGCCGUUCGAGCGCGUUUGUCGUCGGUGUUGGUGGGGCGAUGGCCAGGCCUUCGGCGUCAGCGGCUAGAACAGCAGCAACGAGUCCGUUGAUGGCCGUGCCUCUGGAGCUGGAGGGACAGCUCGACGAGAGCAAGGAGUGGGAGGUGGAGCUGGAGCUCGAUGGAGAGACGAAAAUGGUGACAGUCCCGGAGGGCACCUCCGUCCUUUACGCGGCCAAGUCGGUUUUCGACGACCCGCCUUGCUCUUGCCAACAAGGGAUUUGCACAACGUGUGCAGGCUUUAUCAGGGAGGGGACCAGGGACGAGAACUACAAGGUGGCCGUGAACGCGCUGGGCGAGGACCAGAGGGAAAAGGGGUUCACGCUGACCUGCCAGACGUUCCCUUGCGGACCGGGCUUGAAGGUGUUGCUCAACCAGUACGACACCGUGUACGAGAUGCAGUACGGCCAGUACGAGGUCAAGGCCGACGAGCCCAAGAAGAUGUUCGGAAUUUUCUAAGAAGUUGCAAGUGUAUGAUUUUCCCGCGAUUUUUUCUGAUUUAUUAUGUUCCGGAAAAUUAUGCGGAGAACCCGGGUAGCCGAACACAAUUUUAUUGGAAAUGGGGGCCGAGAGGUUUCUGACCUCCAGAAUUUUCCAAGAAAACAUGUUCCCAUGGCCUUUUUUUGUCUCGUUUUAAGGCCGCUCCGGUACCUGGCAGCUGUAGUGGCGUACGGAUGGAAGCACAGUCUAUGAGGGCAGCGGUCGGGCACCAUGACAAACCAAGAUACAACAUGUCUGAUGUGCGUUGUGUGCGACCGGGCAUAGAGACCGCCGAUAAGACCGAUCAAUCCUCUUGCUGUAGCAGGUAUAGCGCUUGUCUUUCGUUGCGCUUGGUGGACGUUUACUUCCGUCUUGAGUCAGCCAUCUGUUUUUUUGUAGUUUCGUUCUUGUCUUGGCUUGUCCAGCUCGUCACAAAGGCCUGCGGAAUGCUUGUGCGCUACUGCGCGAAUAGACAGCCUUGGUGCUCUCGUCGUAUGCAUAGCUCACUCGCCACAGUUUUUCCUUUUGUCUCUUUUAGCAGGAAACCCAUUGAAAACAGCAGCAUUAUACGAAAGGUUUUUGUUUU